CAUUAACGCCUACUUUACGAUUAUUGCGUGUUCGGUGUUCUUCUCUUUCUGCCAUGUAUGAUCAAAUAGACUUUUCUGGUUACUAUGACAACUAACGUGGAUGACGAUCAUGCGCCCAUCACCGACGGUGACGCGCCAUGCAACAAUGAAUACACGGAGGACAGCACACAGGAGACGUCAUGCAAAAGAUGCGCAGAACUGCAAGAGGAACUUGAGCGGAGCCAGAGAGAUCGGGCACUGUACACAUCCAUCAAGAAGAAGAUCACUUUGACAGACACGCUCAUCCGCAAGUACAACAGCAAAUGCCAAGAGUUUGAUCAGCAACAGAAAAAACUGGAGGACGUCGCCUACAAACUAGCCUCAGCCAAACGUGAUUGCAAGAUUCUCGAGAAGGAGUUGACUUCUACUCUUGAGGAAAUUAUCCCCUGGAAACUUCAUAAGGACAAAUAUCUCAAGGAACUGGAAGAAUGCAGAGCAAAACUGAGAGAGACUGAAGACAAACUGGCAGGCAGCGAGGCCUCUUGUGUACAGUUCAAAGAUGGAUUUUACGAGAUGCAGGAGAAACUGGAAACGCUGGAAGGGAACCAGACCGACCUGAAGAAAGCAGCCGAAAAGAGCCAACAAGCAGAAAAGAAGACAUCAGCGUUGCUGGCUAAGAAUAAAGAUGACUUGUCAACCUGCAAGAAAGAACUCCAGAGUGCGAAGAAACGGGAAGCCAGGCUUGUCACUAGACACCAGCAAGCAAAGAACAAGAUUUCCGAGCUUGUCCAAAUCCUGCGAGACCGUGGCAUUCCUGUUCCGAAGGUGCCUAAAUCACUUCUCGGAGGUUCGGCGUACGGCCAGGAAAGUGUGUCAACCGAAGACACAGAUUUCGAGCAGGUCGGGGAGGUUUUCUCUCCACCGAUGGAAUUCCUCUCUCCGGCCCGCCAUGAAUCUUCAGUUGUCGAGGAUCAUUCAGAGCGUGAGGAGGAUACAGGCCACCCAUCCUUCAAGGAAGAUGCCUGCCUGAAGAUUUUUAACCGCUUCUCCUGCGACAUGUCAGCGUGUGUGUCACCUCUACCCCCUUCACCGAUGCUGAGUGAUGCAAGCAGUGACAUCAGUGGGGAUGAAGUAAGCGACGACGAAGUAUUCUCAGACGUAGCGGACCAAAUCGAGUCUCAGCUCAACCUCGUGGAAACGGGAGAUGUCGGGGAGACAAGCAGAGAGUCGAAGGAGGAGUUGACUGAAGGAAAACGACAACUCAGACAGACUCCGCAAAGAAGAGCAGUCGCUCAGAGGAAGUCAAGAGAUGCCAAUGCUGAAAAGCAGGAUGACUCAGCGGAAGAAACCUCUGGGAAGAAGCAACCAUCUAGAAGAAGACAAAAAGGUUCUAAGAAAGGCGCGACAGAAAUCUCAACCCCAAGCGGCAGGCCGGCAGAUGUUGUGGAAGUGCUUUCUGAAACAGACAGUGAAGCAAGCGGAAAUCUUCACGCCAGCUCUCAUGAAACUGGAGGCAGUGCCACUGAGUUCGAUCGGCAGGGAGGACCCGGGAAAGGAAAAUCGGGAAUACCCAAGGAGUCUAGAAAGAGUUCCAGUCUUGACGAGGACAAUUACCAGGAGAGACAUUUCAAUGAGAGGGGUAGAGAAGAACUUUUGGGGUUCAGCAGCACUUUGUCCGACGAUUCAGACGACAAUCAAGAGGACACCAAAUAUCCUCCAACAGAACCUUCCAGGCAUCGAACAGGUACAAAUUGGCAUGUUGCUGAUUUUGGGUCUCCAUCGACAGUUGAAGGAAGACAUCAGUCCCUCCCCCAGAUUGACCUCCGUCAAUCCCAAGACGAUACGUGGGAUGAGCAUAAGAAGCUGGUCUUGUCUCCUGAUCGCAGACUGACGAGAUCCCAACUUAAAACUCUCACUGAACGGGGAGUGAUUGAACCAACUGAUGCUGUUAAACCAAGUCUGUCUUCUUGUCAAAAUCAACUGAAGUCUCCAGCUAAACGUACAUUGGAACAUUCAGAGCGGGACAAGAAUGCUUCCAAGAGGCCGGUCACCCGCAGCUUAUCCGUGUCUGAAGCCGAGUCCUCAACAGAGGGUGCCUCGCCGUCACCUGCUAGACCAGUCUGCAGAAAGCUCUUGCGAUCUAACUCGGCUUUAGAAGGAAAGCCUAGCUCUAAAGGCCUGGCCAGUGCAGCGACUCAGAUAUCUCCUGUUCAUUCCCCUCCAAGGCGACUACGCCAUUCUGUUUCUCUUCUCGAACAAACUUCCAGCUUGGCUGAAGAAAACCCAGAAACUAAAAAUGAAGAUACCAAGCCGACCGCUGUGGACCACAAGGAUAACAUCCCCAAGAAAUUCAACCGAUCAGUAUCAGUUCCUGGAAACAAGUCAUCGGAGAUGGUCGUCGAAAGUUUUGAGAAACUAGAAGAUAGUAGAGGCAGAAGUGAUACAAGUGUGAGAAGAAUUACCCGAUCCCAAGCACUACAUCUGCAGAGCCAAGACAAGAAUGAGAUCUUUCCCAAACGGAUAACAAGAUCGGCUGCCAAAACGUCAAACAUGAAAACGGAGGCCAGGGACUUGCCACACAAAACGACGACAACAUCACCAAGACUGGGCAAGAAAUCAGACACUGAUUCAUCUUCGAUCCAAGAGGAAGACAAAGAAUGCACCAGCAGAGGAUUGCGAACAAUUUCAACUGAAAGCCAAGACUCAGAUAUUGCAGAUGCGUCGUCUCUACUUGUAAAUUCGGAAUCAAGGAAUCCUGAACAGAUCCUUGAUUGCGAUCCGGCUGAACCACACCAUGCCAGCUCAGAAUCCAAAACUUGGGCUCUGGAAACUCCAACAAUUUCUGUCAACUCCAGAUCAAAUUGUAACAAGAUUUGCAAUGAUGGCAAUGGCAUGCAAAGCUCAUCAGAUAUGAAACAUGACAAGGCUGAAGGUCUUGAGGAAUCAGAGGUUUCUCACAUGUCCUUAGUCCCACAAACAGGUCAAGAAGCAUCGGGAGGUCAAAAAGACACGGAGGUUAGAAAGAACAGUGAAAAUAAACCCCCUGAAAGCGAGAACCACAAUCAGAAAGCAGAUGACUCAUCUGGAAAUGGUGUCAGGAGCACUCGGGAGGUUGCUGAGAAACUAUCCUUUGAAGCUGCAGAAGAGUCCCAGGAAAAUGGAGAUAGACACCUUGAACUUGAUGAACCUCGAGUCGCUGAGAGUGAACAAUCAGAACAAGGACAUAUGUUAGGGGUAGGUGAGGAGCCAUUCGAUUUCGAAAGAUUUGUCGGCGAGACAUCUAAGUCAGAAUCAGAAGAUGGACAGCCAGACAGGGAAGGGACACCAACACCAGAUGUCGAUCCAACUAGAGGAUCUAACUCGAGUUUGGAAGAACUGUUCAAUAAAGGUGAUAAAUCAAGGGGAGUCAUGGAACUCGAGGAAGGUGGAGAUGACAGGCAGAACUGUGUCAGUUCAGCAACAAAAGAGGCAACCUCUCAUGUCGGCUUACACUUGAGGAAUGGAGAUGAUGGUCCUGGAAACGUCGAGGAUCUGGAGCCUGCCAGUUGUGAUGUAGAUGGCAGGAAGAACGUAGAAAUGGCACAGACCAAUUCUUUAGGCAGAGGAUCCAGUUCAGCAGAAGAGUCAGAUCUGAGAAGCAAAGAUGAUGGUCCUGUCGAAGGCAUGAAGCAUCAGCCAACGGAGGAUGAUGGAAACCUGAGGGAAAACAAAGCAACAAGGAGAGACCCCUCAACUCAUACUUCCUCUAACCAAUCAGGCAGUCUGUGCUGGGAAGACAUAUCAAACCAAGGUGGCAGAGGAUCCAGUUCAGCAGAAGAAUCAGAUCUGAGAAGCAGAGAUGAUGGUCCUGUCAAAGGCAUGAAGCAUCAUCCAACAGAGGAUGAUGGAAACCUGAGGGAAAACAAAGAAACAAGGAGAGACCCCUCAACUCAUACUUCUUCUAACCAAUCAGGCAGUCUGUGCUGGGAAGACAUAUCAAACCAAGGAGCUUCAACAAGUAACAACCGAGAAGCGCAACGCCAAGUGCUCUGUGUGGAGGCAGAGUCUUCCAGAGCCAGCACUCCGACCACAGACGAGGUGAUCAGCAUCAACUCUGUCGCAGGUCACGUGUCUCCCGUCUCCCCUCUCCCGCUCCAAUACACCACCAGACCACUCUCGCCCUUGUCAUCUCCACCCAGGAGCCCUCCCCUCUCUCCACUUGCUCCCUCGCCAAUCUCCUUAGAAGGGUUUGUCAGUUUCCCAAGAAUGCUGUCCCCUCUACCGCCCUCUCCUGGAAUCCCUGAUUAUGAAUCUCCAGAUGAUGCUGGGCAUUCUGCGUUGACAGAGGGUAUCCCAGGGUCGGGUUUAGUCAACCAGCCCAGGAUGAUUUCACCGUUGUUUCCGACACCAGUUCCACCUGCUGUCUCUCCACUGCCAGAAGCCCCCAGCGCCAAUCUACUCUCUCCACUCAGCGACGCUUCCUCGGUCAGACUUGAUCAGUUGGAUCGCAGUCCCAUGAUCUCUCCUUUGAGGAAUCCGCUCAUCCCGUCGCCAUGCAACUUUCAUGCUGUUGCUCCUAGUGAUGCUCUCUCUGUAAGACCACAGCACUAUCCCGUUCCGAGGAGGCAGCCCGCAUCCCGUUGCCUGGCAACAUCCUUCACAUCCACUGCAGCUGGGACGAGUCAAAACCCGGAGAUCAUCAGCCCAAGACUUCACUCCUUAGCCUCCGAGAUGAUCUUUGAAUUUGGUGAGGCGCGUCCCAGCACCUCAGGUUUACAGAGGCCCCAACCCUCACAGAUGCCAACAUCAUCUUUCAGACAAGAAAAUAGAGGAAACCAAGCAACUGACUGCACAGAAACACUAAAAGAUCCCAAACUGAAAGGCCAGAGAUCCGGCAUAUCUGGGUUCAUGGAAUUACGCAGUAAGCCAUCAACUUCCAAAAAUGAUCCUAAAGAUUCUGAUGUCAAGAAGCAACAAGAAACAAACGGUCAGUCUGUGUUGGAAAAAGAAAACAGUAAGAACAAUCUGGACUCCUGUGAGAUGGUUCAGCAGCAGAUAACUAAAGAUGACAAAACGCCCCCGUACGAUCAGAAAGAUUCUGAUCCACCCAAGACAAGAAGGAGAAGAAAGGAGCCGAGCUCAUCCCAAAAGAAGGACCUCAAAAGUCUCCUCGUAAACCAAGACAUAAGAAGAUGGCAGAGGAAGAUCAGCUCAGCUCAAACGACACUGCACAGGCAGCAGAAAGAAGAUGCACGAGAAGUCAAGUUGCUUGUGGCAGAGGUCCUCCGUCUUCUGUUUCUAGUUCUCCAGGAGGCAGAAGAGAAGACAUUGAGACUUCGCAGGAAGAGUGAUACAGCUGGGAAGGAUUCAGGAAGUGUCAGCAAGACGCCCAAGAGAAGAAAGAGGUCCAACAGCAGCUCAGACCAAACUGAGACGGUGGCAAAGGAGUCCGAUUCUCAACCCAAAGGGCAAACAGGUGCCUCUAGCAUCCAGCAAGAAAUUGAAAAGAACGAAGAGCAUGGAUCAGCCAUUCCUGUACAGUCUGUCAUGUCUGGCCAGCCAAGUGCACGACCUAAAAGAGGGAGGAUCAUGUUGAUUCCCGCCUUGGAGCUGAAGACGUCCGGUUUUAAGAAAUCUUGCUCAAUGAGGAAACGAGAAGUAAAACAGGAAGAUGAAGCAAACUUGCUCCUUGAUGAAGUUAAACCAGAGUUUAAGGAAGAUGUCAAACCAGAGUUUAAGGAAGAAGUCAAACUAGAGUUUAAGGAGGAAGUCAAACCAGAGUUUAAGACUGAUGGGGAGAAGGAGCACUUCGUCUGUCAACAAAAUGGUAACGUCUUGGAGUCAGCUGUUAAGCAAGAGAAUGCUGAUGCUCCUGUGCGUAAGUCAAGCGAUUCAACUGGCAGAGUCGGUGCAAAAGUAUGCAAAACUGUGCAACAACCGACAUUGCAGCUCGGUCCUGAUCCAGUGAGUCUGCCUCGCAGUGCACAGCUUGCUCAGAGGCCAGGGACUAUUGUGCCUCAGAAUGAGGCCUCGAGCAAACUCAACAAACCCAAGUCCAGCAUUGGAAGCAUCUGGGCUGACAUGGCCUGCAGAAAAGAGCCCGAUCUCGCCAUUUGUAACCAGGGACUGAAAAAGCUAAAACAGCAAAAGAAGAAGAAGUGUAAUCGAGGUCAGGAUCGAGGUCCCAGUCAACCGCAAGUCAGUCCUAGUAAGAGCUCUCAAAAUUGUGGAAGAGUAGAAGGCUUCGAUGACGUGUUACUCGCCAAAGCCAAGGCAGAGCUGACGCAGGUAGACCCAACGAACCAAAAAGAAGCACAGAAAACUGCAAAUCCAAGAACAGACCCUGGGACACUAUCCCUCACCCAGAAAACAGGGCUCAGUGAUGCUGCUCCAGCCGUCGCAAGUUCCUCAGGACACCAAACAAGUUACAAGCCCCAGUUGGACCAAAUCCGCCUUCCCAAACUCGCCCUCCCCAAACUUGCCCUCCCCAAACUUGCCCAGGCCCACUCGAAGACUGCAUCGACCCAUCCGCACUUGGGCAUGCAUUCCCAAAUGGACACAUUCACCCCUCUGCAGGCUGAGUUAAGAUCAGCGAUCGUUGCCAUUUCGCCCCUUGUUACAACCGAUGCAAACCCGAUUACAAGAAGCCUAUCUGUGGCUGAGCAGUGUACAUUAAACAACGGCCAGCAGUCAACUGGUGAUAUUUCUGAACUUGCUCAACCCUCCUUGCAGACAGGUCCACCGAUUUCAGUUAUUAGUCCGAGAUCGCAAAAUGAACAUAGAAUUGUAACCCCCGAAGUAAAGACACUGGACCGACAGACACUGCAAGCGAGGACCGGAUUGAACCUAGACAACAGAAAGAGGCAUGUUUCAAGGAAGGACGAUUUAACAUGCGACACCAAUGAUCAACCGUCUCCGUGUAAACAAGCCAAGAUGUCACCCGGACGGCGCUUGCCAGAGUCGAGGUCAGAGUUUAAGCAUCCAAUGUCAGAGGUCAUACCCUCGGUGUCGAAGGUCGCGUCCCAGGAGCCGCACAGGCCAGUUCUAAGUGACCUGUUAGAGCAAGUUAAGACAUUGCGAUCACAGACGAAUGCGAAGCCGCUUUUCGCUUCCAUCUUGACGUUCCUUGGCCAGCAGGGUAUCAGUCUGAUGCCAGCCAUCCAAGCCAAGUGUCUGACCAAGAACACGAGCACCAAACCAUUACUCCUGCACCACGAAGAGCAGCUUGUAGCCGGUAUCGUAGAGGGUGGUCUACUGUCAAAGAAAUCGAACACGUCGAUGCUGUUGGCUUGUCUCUGUCGCGGAGUUCGGAGUCCGCCAAGUUCAACCAGCGCCACGCCUGCCGUUGUAGUCGGAGCGGCGUUCUGCCGAGUCGUUGCCGCUCUCUGCAGAAAGAUGGGCUUAAUCGAUCGAGUGCGGAUAUUUUGCUACGACUUGCUAAGGGAGGGUUUUCCUAACGUGGAGGAGUUGUUGCUGAAUGUGGCAGUGACGUGGCCGACUGUCCUGAGAAGAAAGGAGGGUUCAUCUUCGCCGAUCAUUGCUGCCAUGGAGAUAGUUGCCAUGCAACGCUUGGUACUCUCCGCAUCUCCUCAAAAUCUACAAGCUCAAGAGAUAAUACACUACUUAAGCGAGAUCUGCGGCUGGGGGAUACCGGAUGGAAACCUGCCAAUCGUCCGCUGUCGCCAACUCGUCGCAUCUAUACAAGACACCAACGUGACCAAGCUGUUCAAUACAGGAACUCCAACUCAAGCCCUGACCCCAAAGUCCUACGAAAUUGUGAAGGCCCUGGAGUUGCUAGCUUACCACCUGGGCUGGCAGUGGACCAACAAUCGUCUCAUUCGGGAAAAACUCUGGCCGAUCCUCAAGGCCUGGAGCCACCAAGUACAAGCAGCCCAUGCAGCAACCGGUCCCCCAACCGGAUCCGGCCAGAACAAACCGGCGCCAACCGGAAUCGGCCACUGCGUUCAGUCACCCGCUGACGCCUCUGCCUGUGCUGCUAUGAAAGUUAUCGGAGAUGUUGCCGGUUUAGGACUGGACAGUCACAAAGAGUCUGUGUGCGAGCUCCUCAAGAUGUUGGCGGCUGUCUUACAACAACCCUCGGCCAGUGUUCCCUGGACAGUGCAGGUUUUCACCGCGGAAGCCGUUCUCUGCUUGUCGCCCAGCAACCCGACCUUUGCCCUGGAGGUCACCCAGAAGUGGAGACGCCAAGCCCAGUUUGCGCCCCCGUUGAGGAUCGAGGACAAGCUGUGCAUGUUGGAAAAGGUCGUUGGUGCUAUCCACAAUGUUUCAAAGUAGGGACGUUAAGGCCCUACUACGGGACAGACCCGACCAGUCCCAACAAUAGUUGGGGAAGUAGUUGGGAUGCCAUGGUUGGGGCGUCAGGCUGGUUCCUACCUCCUAUUAGAAGCGAUAACAUAGGAAUCCGGAACCAGUCUACUUGGACAAUCCAAAAUUACAGCUUUUUUGGGUGCAGAUGACCAAAACAUAGAAAAACUAAUUUUUUGUGAAAACGAAAAAUAUUAGUUGAAGAUUUGUUAGGACAAAAACAACAUGAAUUUGUUGAAAAGUAAAGAGAGUGCAUCUUUGCAGACCAGAUAUAUUUCACAAAUGUAACAUUAUUUUGACAAGAAUUUAUAUACCAAGGUAUUGGCUGGUGUGCCUAUAUCCUUAUUGCGAAGCUGGAGUAAAAGUCUGAUGCCACUUUCCAUGAUAUAGCAGUGGCAUGACUGAAAGUUUGGGAACCAGACUAUCAAAAAGUCUGGUACAAAUUGUUUAUGAACACAGCAUUAGCAUGACUGAAAGCCUGGGAACCAGACCAUCUCCAAGGCAACGAUUAUGUCAAAGUUUGUCAAUUUUGCCAGCGUUCCUUUGAAGUAAAAGUCUGAUGCCACAUUGUGUGAAUGUAGCAGGAGCAGACUAAAAGUCUGGGAACCAGACCAUCCAAAUGUCUGGUGCCAGAUUAUUAUGAACACAGCAAUACCAUGACUGAAAGUCUGGGAACCAGACCAUCCAAAUGUCUGGUGCCAGAUUAUUAUGAACGCGGCAUUACCAUGACUGAAAGUCUGGGAACCAGACCAUCCAAAUGUCUGGUGCCAGAUUAUUAUGAACACAGCAUUACCAUGACUGAAAGUCUGGGGACCAGACCAGUUCUUGGCCCAUGAUUAUGUCCAAGUUUGUACGUCCAUUGUGCCUCAGUUCCAUAGUUUAUUUCAUCCAGUUGCUGUUGGAUUAAAAAAUAAAUAAAUAAAAAAAAACCAAAACAAUAUGACUUCACAGCAGCAUUAUGACAUAAUUUGAGUUUGAUUGGCUUUUUCAUUUUCGUAUAGGAAGAUACUCAAGACCAAAAGAGAAUUCAACUAUGUUUUGGUAUUAUUUUUAUUAAAAGUGAAUUUGAAAUUCAGAAAAGUGCAUUGACUGUAAAGGAGAUAAACGUCUAGCAAUAAUAACCCGCCCCUCAUAAAAAGAGACAUUUAUUUGUAAAAUGGAACUUGUAUUGUUUACAGGUCUUUAUAUUAAAACAUGUGAAAAGUAGUUAUGAAGAAAAUCUAUUUUUUUCCCCAGGAAAAAAACCGUAUAUCAUAUACAAUAAUUAUGUGAUUAAUAUUUGCCUGAUAUUUAUUUCCACCAUUUUUGGGGGUAUUUCUAAUUACAUUAGAAGUAUCAUUGCAUAUUUUUUUUCUUCAAUAUUUUCAGAAUACUCCAGACAGUGGUUUUAUGCCAGUCAGAUCUCUAUUUAAAUUUUUGUUUUUCUUUAUUUUCUUCCCACGGUAAUUUGUGGGUAUUUUCCCCUAUGAUUUGUGGGGAAAAUAAUGUAUUGAUGAAGACUGAGUCAAAACGAUACUUUUUAUUUUGAUCAACUCUUAUAUUUCCAUAUUUAAUUAAUUAAAAAACAGUUAAUAGCGUUACACAUUCAAAUGCAUAGAAAAGAUUCAACAAUGAUGAAUGUUUAUCUCGAA